AUGGCCAUGAUAGACGAUAUAGCCGAAACCAUCCGAGCUAUGCAAGAUGUGAAUAUGAAGCUAAACCCUGGGAAGUGCUGCUUCGGGGUAGAAGAAGGGAAAUUCCUGAGAGUAGUGGUUACUAAGGGCGGAAUCAAACCUAAUCCGGAGAAAACUCAAGCUGUAGCCGAAAUGCAAUCCCCCAGGUCCCUGAAGGACAUUCAGCAGCUGAAUGGAAGGUUAAUCGCCUUGAACCGCUUCCUAUCAAAGGUAGCCGACAGAACUCUUCCCUUCAUGAAGGUACUGAAGGAUUGUCUCCAGACGGACAGGUUUAAGUGGACCCCGGAGGCAGAAGCUGCUUUUCAAGAAAUGAAAGAUUACAUCUGCAAGCUCCCAACCUUAGCUACCCCAGUACCCGGGGAGGAUCUGCUUUUGUAUCUGUCUGCCUCAAAAACGACCAUAAGUGCGGUUAUAAUGGUGGAACGGGAAGGAAAGCAGAUACCAAUAUACUUCAUCAGCAGGACCCUCAAGGGUCCUGAAGAACGCUAUAUGCCCCUAGAGAAGUUGGCUUUGGCUCUUGUCUUUGCAUCUCGGAGACUCAGAAGGUACUUCCAAGGACACAAGGUCACCCUAAUGACAGAUCAAGCCCUCCAAAAAGGGCUAAGGAGGCCGGAGUUGUCGGGUCGACUGGCUAAAUGGGCAGUAGAGUUGGGAGAACACUCCUUAGAAUGCAAAGCCAAAACAGCCAUGAAGGGACAAAUACUGGCCGACUUCUUGACGGAGGUCCCUGAGGAUGAGAAGAAAGAACUUUUAAAGUGGGAAGCCCUUGAAAUGGAUGAAAAAGAAAAGGAAGAUGAGGCAAUAUGGAAACUAUUCACAGACGGGGCCUCCAGCGAAGAAGGAAGUGGAGCGGACAUCACACUGAUCAACCCCGAGGGAGUUGAGCUAACUUAUGCCAUUAGACUAGACUUCGAAAAUACCAACAACACAGCAGAAUAUAAAGCCCUUUUAGCAGGACUAAGAUUGGCUAAGAAAAUGAAGGCAAAGAACGUGGAGGCCAGUACUGACUCGCACCUAGUAGUCAAGCAGUACCAUGGGGAGUACGAGGCCAAGGACAAUACGAUGGAUCAGUAUGUAGCCAACGUGAAAGAAACAGCCAAGGCUUUCAAGACCUUCAGGCUAGAAUAUAUCCCUCGUGGGAGAAACAGGAAAUCUGAUGCCCUUAGCAAGCUGGCCUCCGUGGCAUUCGACCACCUAGCAAGAGAAGUCAAAGUGGAAGUCCUGACCUCCCCCUCUCUUGGCACAGAAAAGGUGGUUGCGAUCGAAAACGCACAAGAGACAUGGAUGACACCGAUUGUAAGAUUCCUCACAGAUGGAAUACUACCUGAGGGAGACUGGGCGGCCAGGAAGAUAAGAGUCAAAGCUUUACAGUAUGAGUUGAUUGAUGGAGAACUUUACCGAAGGUCAUACCUGGGCCCAUCCCUGAAGUGCGUCAAUAGUGAAGAGGCUAAGUAUGUGAUUAGAGAAAUACAUGAGGGGAUUUGUGGAAUGCAUUCUGGGCCAAGGACAGUAGUGGCGAAGGCGAUGAAUGCGGGAUUCUAUUGGCCUAGAAUGUAUGAGACAGCAUCAGAGGAGAUCAAGAGAUGUGACAACUGCCACGUCCAUACACCCAUGACGCACCGACAUAAACACCCAAUGAUACCUGUUUCAACGUCUUUGCCCUUCCAGAAGUGGACCAUCGACAUAACUGGGCCAUUCCCAGAGGGCCCAGGAGGGGUUAAGUAUGUGGUGAUUGCCAUUGAUUAUUUUAUCAAGUGGAUAGAGGCAAGGCCCUUGGCAAAGAUAACCGGGGAACAGAUGAGACGAUUUGUACUAGACAACAUCAUUUGUAGAUACGGGGUCCCAAAGGAACUGGUGAGUGACAAUGGUGUUCAAUUUGCUGGAAAACCCUUCAGGCCAUGGUGCGAGCAGAUGCACAUACACCAAGUGUUUACCUCCAUCACCUAUGCCCAGAGCAAUGGACUGGUAGAAAGGGCGAAUCAAAGCAUUAUCAAGGGAAUGAAGGGGAGACUCGGGAGGAAACAAAAAGGAUGA